AUGGCGGAUUUUACUGAGUAUGGCAUUCCCAGUGCCGAAUGGCUCGCUUUCGAGCCUUCCUUACCCGAACCACCUAAGCUCUCGGUAGAUCAACUACGGGAAGGCAUGAACAAGAGCCGCGAGGCCGCCUCAGCUACGUCUAUGAUUGAAGAAGGUCUAAGCUCUAAGAUUCAGAUGCAUGAUCAUGAAAUUAUUACUCGCGACGGAUCAAUUUUAGAAGCUCGCACUUAUCGUCCUGUGGGAAUCCCUCUCUCACAACCUCUUCCACUGUACAUUCAUCUCCACGGCGGAGGCUGGUUCUUCGGAACUCUUUCUUCCGAAGAUGCGCCCUGCUCACGGAUUGUCGUUGCACAAGAAGAGCAAGGCACCCCCAUGGCUGUAUUCAACGUGAACUACCGCCACUCGCCAGAACACAAAUACCCGACAGCUUGGAAUGAUGUCGAGGAUGCCUUUAUCUGGGUUCACGAGCACAUCGCCGAGAUUGGUGCCCUCGCUGAUCAAGUUGUUGUGGGCGGAGUCUCAGCAGGUGCUUCCCUAACUGCAUCUCUGGCCCGUGGUCAGUUUUAUGGAGAGAACGAGCGCAUUAAGACUCUGCCUAAGAUCAUAGGUCAGGUGCUGAUGAUUCCGUGUGUUUCUCUCACGGCUCGCCAUGAUAAAUCGACGGAUAUGCUCCGUAGCCCUGACUUGUCGAGUAUGGUGCAAUGUGCCGAGGCUCCAAUCUUGCCUUUGAGCCGUAUUCAGCUCUUUGGACAGCUACUUGGGCUUGAUGCUUUCCCAGAUGCUGAGAGCGAUCUUCGAAUGAAUCCUGGAAAUGCGACCCCAGAUGAGGCUCGGCGAUUGCCCCCUGCGGUAUUUGGAAUUGCUGGUAGAGAUCCUCUGCGAGACCAGGGACUAUAUUAUGCUAAGCUUCUUAGUGGGAAUGGAGUACCUACCGAUGUGACAGUUUUCCGCGGUCUGCCUCAUGGUUAUCGUCGGUUUGGGAAGGGUCUUGACCGAGCUUGUAAGAAGUGGGAUGAAAGUAUAACCGACGGAAUCUCUUGGAUCUUGACCAAUCCUAAAGUCGGUACUUUUGAGAUUAAGACCGAUUGA